UUGCUUGGUUCAAAACUAUCGCACUUCAGUGAACUUGAAGAAUUGCCCCCAUUAGCAGAGGAAAAAGAGCAAAAAUGGACUACCGAACGAACAAUCGGUAAAGAAACUUGGGAAAGACGGCAACAAUCUGGUGAAUAUGAUACAGCCAGUAUUUCGUCGUCGGUUGUCAAUCGUUAUCGAACAAAAAAACGAGACCAAGAA